AAGCCGAGAAGAAGCCCACACACGCCAACUUGGACUGAGGGGCUGCCAGGGCAAACCCGCCGCCGCCGCCGUACGCAGGGAAACCGCAGCAGCAUCAAGGGCAGCCGGCGGCACCGCGACUCCAGCCUCCCUUUUCCUCCCAGCUGACCUAGCUUUCUCGCGUGCUCAGCGAUGGGCGUCGAAUCGGCGCAGCCAACCCCCGCCGCCACCGCCGAGCAGGCCCAGGAUCUCAUCGACGCCGCGAGGUACGACGAGCUGGAAGACGUCGUCGCCCUCUUCUCCGCCGGUGUCCCCCUCGACUCCGCAGAUUCGCAAGGCCGAACGGCUCUUCAUAUGGCUUCUGCCAAUGGGCAUCUUGCUGUGGUGGAGUACUUGAUUCAGAAUGGAGCGAAUGUUAACUCUACAAACUUGGAGAAGAACACGCCUCUCCACUGGGCAUGCCUCAAUGGACAUACAGAGGUAAUCAAGGCUUUGAUAUGUGCUGGGGCUAUCGUAAGUGCGCUGAACAGCCAUGAGAAAACCCCUAUGGAUGAGGCACUGACCCUUGGAAAGAUGGAAGUGGUCGAUGCAAUCGGUGCAGCAGUAGCUCAAGCAGAGCUCAAUGGUGUUACUGUCUCCUAAGCAGAUUUGACAUUCUCCUUGUGCGAUGGAUGACGAUGAUCUGCCACCCUCGUCUUUUUUCGCCACCGUUUCUUCCCGUCUGUGUCGCUUAAGAUGCUGAUAUGCUAGUAUGUGGGGCAUCAGGGUGUGUUGAGCCAAGAGUUAACUAUCAUCUGUGUCUGCAAUCACCUGUUAGUGUCAAAUGCCCUGAAAGUCUGGCUGCUGACUAUGUGUGCAGCAGUCAGAUGUACUAUCUUGUUCUAUAAGGUUGCAGGUGUCUGGUAAGGCCAUCGACUUGUGCUGCUGAACUAAUUCAUUUCUCGCGCAAUCUCCUAGAUAGAUGAUCCCUGUGUUUACAGUUUACAGUGAGCUGACAUUUGCAUUUAUGGUUUCUUGUGUUUGUGUUGAUCCCUUUCAGCGUUCAAAUACACAGUAUCAGUUAUCAACUUAUCCUUA